AUGGCCGGGCAUGUGUAUCUUCCUGUCGGUCACCUCCCGCCAUGGGCCCGCCUGCCGGAAGAAAAGGAGGAAGGGAUGCGAGCGCAGCAGCAGGAGAAGGAGGCGGAAAAGGAGGGCGGCGGCGGCGGCGGCAAGAGGAGGAAGGUCGCCGCCGAUGUCACCAUUGACCUCGACAUCCUCGACUGCCCCGUCUGCUACCUGCCCCUGCGCCCUCCCAUCUUCCAGUGCACUGUAGGGCAUACCAUAUGUUCGUCUUGCCAUGACAAGCUCCAAGAGAAGUGCCACUUCUGCUCCCUUCCCACAGUCUACAACCGCUGCCACAUGGUAGAACAUGUCGUUGAAUCCGUCAAAGUUGCUUGCUCCAAUUGCAACCACGGAUGCACUACAAGGAUAGCCUACUACCAGAAAGAAGACCAUGAGAAAGGUUGUCCACAUGCACCAUGUUUCUGCCCGGAAACCGGCUGCGGCUUCAGCGGACCUACCGCGAUGCUCCUUGAGCAUUUUUCAGGCAAGCACAAGUGGCACUCCCCGAAAGUUACCUACAACAAGGCGUUCCGGAUCCGCAUCCAUGUGGGAUCAACCGUUCUGGUGGGCGAGGACGGGAACCUCUUCCUGGUCAACAUGACAAUGGAGUCCCGCGGUGGUGUCAUCUCAGUUUGCUCCGUCCAGCCUCACAUUACUGGAUCCAGCUUCAGGUGCAAGCUAACAUUGUCGUGCGCUGAACCAAGCUUUUCUCAGUCUAUGGAGUUCUUAAUGAGGAGCAGUAAUCUGUAUGAUGGGUUUCCCAAAGAUUGCUUCCAGUUCCUUGUGCCGAAGGUGUUGCUCCGAGGAACCGGUACAAGCGCCACAGCGAUGGUGGGUGUGACCGUCACGCCACAAUAG